AUGGUGGCAAUAUCUCUGUACAGAGGGAAUCUUCAUAGAGUCCCAGACGUUCCUCGUCAAUGGCUUAUGCCAAACCCUAAAAUCUCUGUCAAGGACUUCAAAUCCCUCCUUUCUCGCCGUAACAGAGCUCUCUCUUGCCUCCGCUCCCCCAAUCCUAUCCCUAAUUCUAACGCUAACCCCACCCUAAUCGAACAGCCCACUUCACCCCAAAUUCAGCCUUCUCCUAUUCAGUUGGAGCUAAAAACUGACCCUGAUGCUGCAAUACACCCUGGGGAAGGUCAGGUCAAUGAUCAUGAUCAAGAAAGAGGAAGAAGAGAUAAAGAAGGCAGGUUGGACGGUGAAGAUUGCUCUGGGAAACCGGUUGAGGAACAAACAAUGAAAGCGGCUCCUGAUGCGGUUGGUGCUGAUGGGAAUUUGCAGGCUGUUGGUAAACUGGCUGAUGGGACAAUCCGUAAUGCUGAG